UUUAAAAGGCAGACCCCUAUUUUUUCUAUCAAUCCAACAGAGCCAAAGAAACGAUGAUCCAUGAUACAUCCGAUCCCAACCUUCCAUAGUCUCGAUUUGUCGAGAUCCUUCCAGAAACCAGAAGUCGUGAUUUUGGUACAUCACAAUCUUAUUCGUUCAAAGGUGAGGAGAACAAUGAUAAAUCUUAUUCGUUCAAAGGUGAGGAGAACAAUGAUAAAUCCCGGAGGUCUGUUUGGGUGCUGAUGCAAGAAAUCUGAUAUCGUGUUACUGAUUGAAAUUUGGAGGCAGAAAGACGCGCCCACUAUCAUAUCGGGAAGCCGUUCUUUCCCACCCAGUUACUCACGAGUGACGAGGGCACUCAUCUAUGGCUAACUCAUCUGCAGCAGCCUAUUUCAAGCCUCCCCAUCUCUUCGUCCACCAGAAACCCACCUCCCAUUUGUCUACUUUGUCUCAAUUCACCAGGCAGAGACUCCGUUAUCCAAGGCCUCUCACCAACCUCAAAAUUUUGGGUCGAUCUUCUCUUUGCAGGAGAAAGCAUGAUUUUGGUGGUGGUAGACGUGUUGGCGUUACUCGCUUCGACGCCUCUGCUGAUGAUGGUACCACUCUUGAAACAGAGAGCCAAGCGUCACCGUCCUUUGAGACAGGUUCAUCAGAAAACAGAAAAGGCCGUCUUGAAGAUGGGUAUGUUGGCCUGUUUGUCAGAAUGCUUGGGCUAGACAAUGAUCCUCUUGACCGAGAACAAGCAAUAAAUGCUCUUUGGAAGUACUCGCUGGGUGGAAAGGAAUGCAUUGAUGAGAUCAUGAAAUUUCCAGGUUGUAUCAACCUUGCUGUUAGCCUUCUGAAGUCGGAGUCUAAAACCACAAGUGAAGCAGCUGCAGGCCUCUUGCGUAGCAUUUCAGCAGUCAACUUGUACCGAACUUCAGUAUCAGCAGGGGGAGCCAUUGAAGAAAUAACUGGUCUUUUGAGUAGAUCUGUUGUAUGUGCGGAGCAGGUGAAGGAACAAGCUAUAUGCACUUUGUGGAACUUGUCUGUUGAUGAGCAUCUUAGAGUGAAGAUAUCAAAUUCUGUUCUUCUGCCUGCUCUUAUCAAAUGCCUUGAUGAUGAAGACAUCAAGGUAAAGGAAGCAUCGGGAGGAGUACUUGCAAACCUGGCCUUGAGUCAGUGUAAUCAUGGUCUCAUGGUUGAAGAAGGAAUCAUUCUAAAGCUGGCCGAGAUCUUAAAAUGUAAUGAAGGGUCAAAAGUAGUUAAAAAAGAAGCGAGAAAUAUCCUCUCGGAGCUAGCGAAAGAUGACUACUACAGAAUUCUUAUUGUUGAGGCUGGUCUUAUCUUAGUACCCAUAAUUGGUGCUGCAGCAUAUAAAUCCCUUACACCUGCUUCCCGUUCAUGGCCUUCUUUGCCUGAUGGGACUGAAUUUGAACGCUAUUCAUCUGUUCCUUCAAGAUUUGGUGCUUCCGAAUUGCUUCUUGGUCUGAAUGUUCAAGAUGAGGAUGCUAGACUGGAGGAAGCACAGAAGAAUGCAAUAGUUGGAAGGACAACACAACAAUUUCUGGCUCGACUUGGAGCCAUAGACACUGAAGAGGGAAGCAUACCUGAUUCACAACCUACCAUGAAGCAGCAGUCAACAUUUUUACCGUGGAUUGAUGGUGUUGCACGUCUAGUUUUAAUACUUGGUCUUGAAGAUGUAUCAGCUCUUGAGAGAGCCGCACUAUCCAUUGCUGAUGCCUGUAUCAAUGAGCACAUGCGUGUUUUAUUCAAGGAGGCUGGUGCACUGAAGAACCUAGUUCGCUUACUAGAAUAUGAUGCUGAAGCUGUAAGACUGGCUGCUGCUCAUGCACUGGAGAAGCUAUCAAUCAGCAAUGUAGUAUGCCAAGCAAUUGCAUCCUGUGGUGCCAUGGACACGCUUGUUGACAUUCUAGUGGAAAAUGACACAUCUGAAGAUUUGCUUGAAAAGAUCUUGGAUAUUGUUUCUCGGUUUCUUGAUCCUGUCAAAGAAAUGAAAUCAAUGUUUGAUGGUGCGUCUUUUCAUGGAGUCAAGAAAGGAAUAAAUGGUAUGAGCAGAAGUUCUGUAGGCACCUCUGACUUGGGAGAGAAGGUGGACAGAACGCCUUUAUCAAAGGAAGAUUUUAGGGAAAAGGUGUUAGAAUCCGGUGUUAUUCCAAAACUUGUUGCAAUUUUAAAGGGAAAAAAUCCUAAUUUGCAACAAAAGGCGGCCAUCAUUCUUGAGAACCUGGCUGAUGAUGAACCAUAUACCAGUGCAAUAGUUGCAGCAGAUGUUCAAUCAGGACUAAGUGCAAUUUUCCUUCAACGAGGAAAAGAUGUCAGUGGCUCACCGGAACCAAAUCCAGCAGUAGUAGAAGAAUCUGGGCGUGCAAUCAGUGCUGCCUCUCGAUUGUUUGUUAAGCUGCUUUCUCUUCAGCAGUGUCAGAGUGCUAUUGACACUGUUAAAUUCAUACGUCUACUGCAUGAUAUACUUAAAUCUGAUGUCCCUCUUUAUACUAAGGACUGGGUCGCUGCAUGCCUCAUUAAACUUGAAUCACUGGCUGGUCCGAACAUGGACCUUAAGAACCCUAUCAACAAGGAGGUAAUUCUUCAUGGUACCAUUCCAAGACUGAUUGAAGAGAUUGAGAGCUCAGAGUCAGGUGGACAAGAGGAAGCUGUUGUGGAACUAAAUCAUAUCAUAUCAGAAGGGGCGAUUGAAUAUGCUAGAGAAAUAGCUGCCAGAGGAGGCAUAUUCCCUCUAGUCAAGGCGAUUGACGAAGGGGGAGAAAGAACCCGAGAAGCCGGAUUGGCAAUUCUGUAUAAUCUGAGCAUGGAUAGUGAGAAUCAUGCUGCAAUAGUUGCUGCCGGUGCAAUUCCUGUACUGAGGAGAAUAGUUUUCUCAGAAGGUCCACAAUGGAUGCGGGCGCUUCAGUUGCUUAGGACCUUACCUACAUAAGAGCCACUUUAUGCCCAUGGUUGAGUCUGUAAUAUAACUCGCAGUACCCAAAAGUUGUAAAAGGGAAAUUGUAGAAGAAACAAAUUUUGAUUUAUUUUAUAACAUCGCCCAAACAUGAUUUUCUA